GAGGGAGGAGGAACUAAAUGAAAAAAGUUAAACUAAAAAUGGCUUCCUUGUCUUUGGAGUCUGCAGAACAAUCUGAGAAUAGCACGGAGAAGUCUACCGAAGAGGCCGCUCCGGUAAAAGACGAGACGGAUCCAGAUGAAGUUUCGGAACAAUUGCUAAAAACUUUUCAGAACUCGGCGCUCAGCUUUUCGACCGAUCAAGUAGCAUGUCUGUGCGAAGCCCUUCUACAGGCAGGCAAUGUGGAUCGCCUGUGGAGAUUCCUGUCAACCAUCCCUCCUUCCGCGGAACUGCUACGUGGCAACGAGACGCUGCUCAAGGCCCAGGCACUGGUCGCUUUCCACCGGGAAGAAUUCAAGGAGCUGUACGCAAUAUUGGAAGGCCACGACUUCCACCCGAGCAACCAUGGGUUCCUGCAGGACCUCUACUUGCAGGCGCGCUACAAGGAGGCGGAGAGGUCUCGAGGUCGUAGUCUGGGCGCCGUGGACAAGUAUCGGCUUCGGAAGAAGUUUCCCCUGCCUAAAACAAUCUGGGAUGGAGAGGAAACUGUGUAUUGUUUCAAGGAGAAGUCUCGCAAUGCACUGAAAGAGUGUUACAAAAGCAACAGGUACCCCACUCCAGACGAGAAGAAAAACUUGGCCAAAAUGACUGGACUCUCCCUCACGCAAGUCAGCAAUUGGUUCAAGAACCGACGGCAGAGACACCGAACCCCGUCCGGUACCAACAGCAAAAGGUAGGCUAUACAUUCCUUUCUACAUUUGUAACCAAAUACCCCAUUAAAACCUUUCAUUCACGAUUGCAUGUCAAACAUCUAUGUAAAUAUGGUUCCUCUUAUAAUGAAUACAAUUGUUUGUAUGUACAGUGUCUUUUGCAGAGUUGUUUAUUGCUAGAGGCAGGCAGACUAUGGGGGUAAAUAUAGCCUAUACUGCAACACACGGCUCACACGCAGUUCUAAGCAGUUCUAAGAUAUUGUUGAUUCAUUUGACACAAAUAAACAAUGUUCACCGAAAUUCUCCUGAUCAGAUGGGUAGGAGUGAGCGCUAGAAAGUAGGCUGUAACCAGUUGUUACAUACCUGGAUCUGUCAACUGCAAUAUUAUUUUAGUGCUCCAAACAUAUAUUUUAUGUAAUGCAGACUUUUCUGAACCAUGGGCUCGACUUUGUGGUUUAUCUCAACUGUAUGGUUCAUGUUGAACAUAUUUCAAUCAAAUUCCAUCAAUCCCUGCAAUAACUACAUCAACCUGCUCAUGUUUAUGAAUGACAGAAUGCAUGAACUUUUUGACAGUGAUAACGUCACACGUCUUAGAGAGCACGACUGGGAGCAAGAGCAUGUUGUGAAAUGUGAGAUCCAGGCGCCCAUUGUGGCUCAAGUUUCCUGAAAUUCUGCACCGCAAAGUCUCCCUACGGACCUCGGCGCGCUCCCGAAGCCCUGCACCGCUGGUAGAGCAGCGAGAAACAGAGACCGAAAGAGAGAGGAAAUGGUGUGGGUGUUGGGAAACAAAAGGAGGAAAUAUUAGAUUUAAAACCUUUCAAAUGUCUUAAGCUCUCCUGUGCCCCCUUUGGAGUGCACAUUUACUGUAGGUGUAUAGGCUAUAGUAUGCUAGUUUUGACAGCUUAAAUACAAAUACAACAAAGCUACACAGGAAAUUGGGUUUUUCAUGUGUCAGUUGUUGAUGUCCUUUAUUCCCAUGUGUAGAGAGGAAGGUGUGUGGAGAAAUAAAAAGAGUGCCGAUCAUCCCGCAUGCAGUCAAGUCUUUAUCUUAUCUCAAGGGGCUGUGGUGGCUGGGGACAGUAAAUCAGUUGUCCAUUGUUCUCUGCGUUAACCACACUGCUUCAGUGCACCAGGAUAGUUCAGGACAUACACAUCACACACUGUGUAAACCAUAGGAUCAAAGGAGAUUGUCACUGACUGUUAUUGACUUACCAUAUGUUAUGUGUAUUGUAACAUUCUCAUUCCUUUCUCCUCUUUUCCACUCCAUCUAUCAUGCAAUCCUUGCCCUCUACUCCCCCUUCUUCUUCCAUACACUGUCUCUGUUCAUUGUCUCACUCCCUCCACGGUUCACUCACCCUAUCUUUCUCCCCUGCUCCUCCCCUCCUCCUGUGUUUUCUCAGUGAGUCCGAUGGCAACCAUAGCACAGACGAUGAGGCUGACAUCUCAGACAAACCAGAGGACGUUGUGGGCUCCACAGCCUCCAUCAUCUCCCUCUCUGGCACCCCCUGCAGCACUGGAGGCCAGAUCUUCCUCAACGGGGCUGGUGGGUUCCUCACCGCCUCCCACCCCUUACUCCUCAACAGGGGCUCCCUGAUCUCCGGGGCAGGGGGUGGCGUCAUCAUCAACGGGCUGACCCUGAGCGAUGGUCACACGGUUACCCUCAGCCCCGUAUCGGCUAACUCACCUCUGCUGUUCAAUGGAGCGCAGGUCAUAUCCAAGAGCAGUGAGGUUGUGCAGGAUAUGGGUCUGGAGGGCCAGGGGGUUAUGGCCAUGGAGGCCCAGCCCAGCUCUGCCAUCUCCCUCCCCCUGACAGAGGACCUUAAGACGGACAAUGUUAGCCUGACAAACCCCUCGACUAUCCCCAUCCUGGACUUCAUCAAUGUCCCAGAGGGGAUGGUUCUCAAAGCAGAGGACAUCCAGACAGUCUCUCCUUCCCCCUCCUCUUCCUCCUUGUCUUCCCCCUCAACAUUCUCCCCCACCUCCCUCCCCUCCCUAGUUCUGACUCAAAAUGGCAACCUCUCCGACACCCUCCCGGUCUCUAUGUCCUCCCCGGGCGUGGUCAUCUCCAGCCCUGUAGUGGGCCUCCCCAACCAGCAGGGGGAGUAUGUGGUGUUUGCCACGGCUGGUUCUCAGCUCACCCCCUCCAGCUCCAUCUGCCAGGUGGUGUCCUCCUACAGCUACUCCAGCCCACAGGUCUUCUCCUUGCCCCAGGUGGUGCCCUCCAUCCAGGGUAUCCCUGUAUCCCAACUGGUCCAACAUACCCCUGGAGGCCAGGUGUCCCAGUGUCCCCAGUUAGUCCCUGUGUCCCCUCUCACCUCCUCUCUCCCCCAGCGCACCCUCUCCCAGUUCCAGGGCCACCAGAGUCUGAACAUCGCCCCCUGCCUCGCCCAACCCCUCCCCCAGCAUCAUACUGGUUCCUCUACAUUGGGAGCGGGAACCACCAUCCUCUCCCUGUCCCAGCUCACCAACGGACAGCUCCCCCAGGGACUCACACUCCAGUUGGGAGACCAGACCUCAGCUACCAUCCCCACUCUGACACAGAUCCAGUCCCCACUAGGCCAUCCCAAGAUAAUUUCCUCCCCUACCCAAGUGGUUCCCGUCUCCCAGUCCAAAGAGACAACCCCAGCCCAGUUGGUUCCCCUUUCCCUGCCCCAGCUGGUGCCUGUCUCCUCCACGGGACAACUCUCCUUCCCUCAGGUGGGCCCGGCCACCCCGUCUCUAUCUGGAGGGGCCUUCCAGAUCCUAACCUCGACCCCUGGAGGUGGGAUGACUCAGGGGCCCUUCAGGAUAAACCAGCUGGGACCCCUCCAGACUGUAGGCCCCCCGACCAGCAUGGCUCCUGGUGUCCAGCUCCUCAACUCUGGGGUCAUUCAGCUCCCCUCCGCCUCGCCAGGUAACUAAAGGCUCGGACACACAGAGAAGUAUGAUGUGAACAACUUUUUGUUGUUCACAUCAUACAGAUCAACCGCUGAAACACUCCAUACCACAAGGUGGCAGUCGCUUUUUUAAGCUUUGUUUGGCUUUUGCCUGAUGGCUAAUGUUAGCUAACUAGAAAGGUCUGCUAAUGUUGUUGCUAGCUAGCUAGAAUUUGUAGUAAGCCCAUGUUGUUACUAGCCACAACUAGAUAACUUGAGUUGCAAGCAACAUUAUAGCUAAUUAAAUCAAAAUUGAUUUGUUUUUGAAUUAUGCAACUGACUGUUAGCUGCCAAGAGUCAGUGGAGUAGCUAGCUAACUUUGUUGUGCUAACUGGCAAAUGGUGAUGCUAACUGUUUAGCUAAUGUUAGCUGGCCAUGUUAGCUAACACCGGUGACACGACCGUGGUAUCAUGGGCAGGUCUCAGGUCGGCAGGCAAGUCCAUACAACACUGGUGCCCUGAUCGCCGGCUUAUCGACUCGUCAUGCAGCCCAAUCAGCCAUGCAAAAUGGUCUUGAGUGGCAACAAAUCUGCCCAAUUAUCUGAUUCGCUUUCCAUACACCCACUCCUUUCGACACAUCCACUCGCCCAUACUCCGGUCGCCAUAUUGGGCUGCAGCUAACCAUAGUUGCCUUUUCGGAUCCCCCGCAGGGGGUCCGUGCUCUCUGAUUGGCUCAGAUUCAAGUUGUGAAGAAAGGGCAGGUUCAUCAGUACCAGGUUGGUAUGCAACAGGGGGUGUCUUUUUUGAUCUAGCGAGAUAAGGAAAGCCUCCCACUGUGCUAAGUACCUAUCGACAGUCAGUCUUCUCCGUGUGUCUGACAUAUUACUAAGUCAUUUGCUUUUUAGGGAAAAUGUAGCUAUAUCAAUUUUGGUGAUGAACUGCUAACAAAAAAUAUUUUCCCCUACUACUUCCUCUCCACUUCCACCUCUCCUUUGUCCUGUAGGAAAUCUCCUCUAUGGUGGAAGCCCCAUCCUGAGUUACCAGAAUGGCAAGCUGAUCCUAACUGUCCCAGCUGGCAUCCAGUUUGGCAGCCUGCCUAUGAAAUCCGUCCCUGAGGCUUCUACCUACCCCACCAACGGAGUAGGCCCCGGACUCACUCUCAACCCUGUCAUCCACACUACACCUACCCUCAUACCAGUCUCCACAUCCAUCUCAACCUCCAACACCCUCCAGACGUCCCCCCUCUGCUUCAUCAACUCCUCUCCGCUCUACUGCACUCCUGAGACGGGUGUCCCCACCAACCAGCCCCUCUCUACCACCUCCCCACAUACCCUGGACCUCUCUGCCACCCACACCCCUCCCAAUGCCCUCACCCUAGAGAGCAUGCUCUCCCUCAGCCCCAUGUGCAGUGUAGUGACCCCCACCACUCAGCUCUCCCAGACCACCUGGAGCCCCGUCCCCCUCUCCACCUCCGCCAGCCUGACUAUGUUUGACGUCCGUGGGAAGGGGAAUCUACCCGAGGACCCGGCUCUGCUGGGCCUACCUGGAGGCGAGGCCCUGCUACUGGGGAACCCCUCUCCGGAACAGGAUGUGAACAGGGUGUCGCCAUUGGGGGACCCAGAGGAGAUGGAUGGAGACCCCAAGAUCCUCACCCAGCUACAAUCAGUCCCUGUGGAUGACGAGUUGGGGCUG